CAAACAGGUAGUUUUUCUCCUUCACUGAUGUGCGUUGAUGAGGCAGCACUGAUGGGCACUGAUAGGCAGCACUGAUGGGAACUGAUAGGCAGCACUGAAGGGCAGUGAUAGGCAGCACUAAUGAGGUGGCAUGGAUAGGCGGCACUGAUAGGCGGCACUGAUAGGUGGCACUGACUGGCACAACCGCUGGGCACUGACUGGUGGCACUGACUGGCAGCAUUGCUGGACUGCACUAAUGGGCACUGGUGGGUGGCACUGGUGGGCACAGGUGGGUGGGCACAGGUGGGUGGCACUGCUGGGCACAGGUAGGUGGCACUUCUGGGCACAGGUGUGUGGCACUGCUGGGUGGCACUGCUGGGCACUGCUGGGCACAGGUGGGUGCACUGAUGGGCACAUGUGGGUGGAACUGGUGGGUGGCACUGCUGGGCACCGAUCAUCAGGGCACUGAUCAUCACAGUAAUUUCCUCACGCUCUGACAGCGUGAGGAAACGUGUCAUUGGACACGGCUGAUCAC